CAGGAAAUGAAAUGAAACGUGACAUUUUGCCGGAAGUAAAUAAACCCCAUUCCCGCGUAGUUGAAUCUCACAAACGGACACAGACGAAAUGGACGAGCUUUAUUUGGACAAUAUUGACGAAUAUGUGAACGACCACGAUAAAAUAGUCACUUACAAAUGGCUGAGUCUGACACUCGGAGUUCAUGUGAACACAGCCAAACAAAUGCUGUACCACUACCUGGACCACAAGAGAAAGGAGAGUUCUGCCCAGCUCCACGCCACCUACCUCGUGUCAGGGAAGUUCGUGGACAAAGGCCAGACGAGCCACCUGGUGUCAGUAGUUAGAGAAGACCAACUGGAAGAUUGUAAAGCCAGGAUGAGCUUGAUUGUCAGCGUGCACGUCUACAGUGUCCAGAAGGCCUUACUCAGAGACAGCAGCCCCCUCUACAGUGUGGACUAUGAUGCAGUUAGAGACCACCUUCAGAGCUGUGCCAAAUACAGUGCAAUCCGCUGCACCAGUGCGGUUCCUCUGUCGUCUGUGGAGCUUCAACAGGCCAGAGAACGUCAGCCUGCUCCCACACCAGAGCCUGUGGUGAAAGUGCCCUCUGUGAAUGGAGAAGCAAGUCAUCCAUCUAAACCGUCCACCAAAUCGCAAAAAGGCAUCAUGGGAAUGUUUUCAAAUAAAGCAGCUCCCAAACACCAGGACAGUGUCACUGAGGUUAAACUGGAGCAGAAGGAAGUGGUUAAACCUGAGGUUGAGCCUCCUAAAAGCAAGGCAGCUGCUAAAGUCAGUCCAGCACUGAACUUCUUUGGGAAUCAAAAGACCAAGAAACCAAACAAAAGUGAUAAAGCAGAUGAAAGUCUUCAGUCAUCGAGCAGAUUAGAGCAGCAGCAGCAUCAGAGUUCACCGCCGGAGAAGAAACCAGAAGCUGCAGCAGAAGAGUCGACUAAAGGCAGCAAGAAAGAGUCCAGGAGCAAAACCAAGAGAACUGUAGACUCCGACAGUGAGGAGGAAAAAAUGGACAAGAAAAAGAGACGAAGGAUAAAGAAACCAGAACCAGACAGCAGCGAUGAAGACAUUAUUCCAGAUUCUCCACAGCCAAUGCAGACAAAGGAACCGGAACCAGAACCUUCACCUCCACCUCCAAGUCCACCACAGAAAGAGUUUGAAUCUGUUUCACAUUCACAUUCAGUUCCUGGUGGAACUAAGAUCAGGAAGCGGAGGCGAGUCCUGAAACCCAAGACUUUUGUGGAUGAUGAAGGCUGCAUCGUGACGGAGAAAGUCUACGAGAGUGAGUCGUACUCUGAGGCGGAAGACGAGGCUCCCGUCAAACAAGCUCCGACCAAAUGUUCCACGGCAAAACUCCACGCGGCCGGUAACAACAAGGAGGAGGAGAAGAAAAGCCAGAAGAAGACUUCUGCAAACACAAACAAAGGAACUAAGCAGGCGUCCAUUAUGGGAUUCUUCCAGAAGAAAUAAGAGAAGAUGGUGUUGGACUGUUUCUUACCUGUUACACCUGGAACUGUUUUUUUUUUCUAUUUUGAAACUUGUUUUUAGCAACCGAAAAUGUGAAUAUGUAAUAAAAGUGUCUGGAGAAUGAA